AUGGAAAGAAUAUUUAUAAUAAAUAUAGUUAUUAAAAUACUUACUGAUUAAAAGAGAAAAUAAAUGGAGAGAUCGAUUUUUAAAGAUUAAUCUUACGAGGGCUAUUAUGAUUUACCUUACGAUGUAGAUUAUUUUGUUAAUCCUUAUUAAGCUAACUUUUAAAUGGAUAGGAUUUCUUAAAGAUUAAGGGAAGAUAUUAUUAAAUAAAAUAAAAAUCAUAUAGAAAUAAUUCAUAAUAAAUAUAAAAUAUAAAAAUUAAUUAUUAAUUUAAUAUUAUAUUCUAUAUCAGUAUUGUUCAGAACUCUAAUCAGAAUUAAUUAUCAAUUCCGCAUAUAUAUGAUGAAUAAUCAAAUAAUAAUUAAAUUAAUGGAUUCUAGAUAAUCAAAAGUAAUUGAGAAGAUUGAAAAAGCUGGCUUACUCGAGAAGCAUAACCAGCUAAUUACUUAAGGUUGCACUAAUCCUUGGUUAAAUUAUAGACUUUUAAAAGAGUAUGAUGGAAAUCUGGAUUAAGUUGUAGUCGUUUACAAUGAACAUAAAAAAAGAAAGGAAGAAUAGAAUGCUAAAGCAAUUAAGAUCUUAGAAACUAUGGGUUGGCUUAAUAAACAUUAAGAACUUGUUGAAAAAGGGUUCGAUAAGGUUAAAAAAAAUUUAAAAGCAUUACUCAGAACUGAAGGAGAUGUAGCUAAAAGCAUUGAAAAAUUAAGUAACAAGAAAGCCCUUGAGACAGAUUAACCAAUUGAAUAAAUCAUUGAAUAACAUGGAUUUAAAGUUUAAUAUGAAAAAUUGAAAGAAAUGGGAUAUGAUAAUGAAAAGAGAAUUGUUAGAUUAUUAUUGAAAUUCAAUGGAAAUUUAGAACAAAUUAUUGAAAAAUUAUUGAGUGGAAAAUAAGGAAAAAAUAGAUAAUGUAAGAAAAGAGAAGGAAAAUGUUAAAAAGAUAAAGCAUCAUAAGAAUUCUAAGAAUUUAAAUAGAAAAAGAAAGAAUUCAAAAAGAAGCUUCAACAACUUGAAUAAAGUGGAAUUCAUCGCCAUAAGGCAGUGAAACUUUUGGCCAUUUGGAAUGGAGACGCUGAUGCUGUCAUCAAAUGGUUCAAUUAAGUUUAACCAUAAACCAAAGUUGAAGCAUAAACUUUGUAAGAACAAUAAGUUCUUGCUAAGGAAUGAGUUUUAUAAACUCAAAAAGUUAGGGAGGGAGGGUCGGAUAUAUGAUAUAUAUAUAUAAACAUAUAAAU